AUGUUCGAAAUAUUCGUUGAACUUCUAGUUAAAAGUAAUUGUCGUAUUGAUGAUACUCACUUUAAUUCAAGAAAAUAUUGUGAGUAUUAUUGCCUUCGAGAUGUUCUUGUACUUAGAGAAGGCUUUUUAAAAUAUCGACAAAUGGUUCAAACUCAUCUCCACCUUGAUUGCGUCUGUUAUGCCUCUCUUAGUUCAAUGGCAUACGCAUUUUUUGUUAAUAAUUGUUUUGUUAAAGACGCAAUAUUUGAAUAUACAGGGGUUGUUCGAGAAUAUAUUAAACAAGCAGUACAUGGGGGAAGAAAUAUGACCAGUGAAAAUAAAAAACAUUAUAUCACUGAUGAAAUUGUUGAUUUUGACGCUUGUAGUUUAUAUCCAUCUGCCAUUGUACGUUUAUAUUUGCCAAUGGGAGCGCCAAAUCAAAUGUUUCAUCCAAUUGAAUGGUAUCUUGAACACCUUAUGGAUGAACAACAAUUUGAACCCUCUGAAACAAAAUUUAUUUCUUAUUUUAUUGUAACCAUUGUAAUAACAAAAAUAAAUAAGAAAAGAAAAAUGCCUAUUAUUAUUAAAAAGAUAAAAGGUAUAAAUCAUUAUGUAAAUGAAGAAACCACCAUGAUUGUAGAUUCAAUUUAUCUACAAGAUUUAAUUAAAUAUCAAGAAAUAAAAUUUAAGAUGGUACAAGGGGUGUAUUGGAAAGGAAGUAAAGUUGGAUUAUUUAAAGAAAAAAUAAAAGAAAUAUAUAGAAUAAGGAAAGAAAUGAAACAAGUAAAUGAUCCAGCUGAAAUUAUAUUUAAACUGGUAAUGAAUUCUUCCUAUGGAAAAACCAUCCAAAAACCAAUUAAGGAAGAAAAGAAAUUCUUCAGAGGAAGAAAUAAAAUGAUCAUUUUGGAGACGCCACUUAGAAGAUGUCAUUGUUGGGGAACAAAUUCAUGA